UACUUUUAGGUAAUCCAAGAAACAACGAAAAGAUCUAGGGGAAUAUCAGUGUCCCCAUCUAACAAUUUUGAAAACGAUAAAAGAGGUCGUUUGAAUAAUAAAUUAUUAGGCAAAGAAAUGGAGAUUCAAGCAUUUACCACAUUGGGACUUGACUUCUGCUGCCAAGUCUCACUACUCCACUGUUGAAUUUUCCUUUGGUAAAACCCAAGAAUCUCUGCCACAUUCUACCAAAAUACCGAAUAAAUUCUCCCCAGAGCUUCUGAGAGAUUCUUAGAUCUUCUCUUGAAGGUGUCCGUGAUCUGAAAAUGGUGUAAAUGUGCAUCUGCCAACAAAAACUAACUGAAUAGUGUGAUUGGAUUCUAGAUUCUAAUUCAAAGAAAUCUCCUGAGGGAUUCUUAGAUCUGUUCUUAAGAAUGUGUUGGUGAACUGAAAACUGUUAUUGAUUCAUCACAUUUUGAUUAUUUGGGGUUUCCAGGAAGUUUUAACUGCUUCAAUCCAUGGAAUCUUCGUCUCGCAAAUUGAAACAAAGGCACCGUGCAUUGACCGUGUUAAGAGUAUUAAGGGGCAUUCUUUGCUUAAUCAUUCUAAUCUUGACAGCAUUUGUAUUGUUAGUGUUUUUCGGCUUUUGGGCAGCGGUUCCCUUGAGAUUUCUCAGUUUGCAUCACAGCAGGAAUGCGACUUCAUUCUUCUUUGGGAUAUGGAUAGCUUUGUGGCCAUUCUGGUUCGAAAAAUUGAACAAGACCAAGGUGGUGUUUUCUGGAGACGUUGUGCCUGCCAAGGAACGGGUGCUGUUGAUUGCAAACCAUAGAACGGAGGUAGAUUGGAUGUAUUUGUGGGAUCUUGCUUUGAGAAAGGGACGUGAGGGGGCGAUUAGGUAUAUUCUUAAGAGCAGCUUGAUGAAAAUGCCGGUGUUUGGAUGGAUAUUCCAUGUCAUGGAGUUUAUUCCCGUGGAGAGGAAAUGGGAGGCUGAUGAGUCGGUGAUGUGCAAGAUGCUGUCGUCCUUCAAAGAUCCUCAAGAUCCUCUCUGGCUUGCUGUAUUUCCGGAGGGCACUGAUUUCACAGAACAAAAGUGCAGUCGUAGUCAAAAGUAUGCUUCUGAAAAUGGACUUCCGAUUCUGAAAAACGUGUUACUUCCAAAGACAAAGGGCUUUUAUGCAUGUUUGGAAAAGUUGAAGGACUCCUUGGAUGCAGUUUAUGACAUCACCAUAGGUUACCGGCACAACUGCCCGUCAUUCAUGGACAAUGCCUGUGGAAUUGACCCCUCCGAAGUUCACGUACACGUUGAGCGUAUCUCUCUAAGCGACAUCCCCACAUCUGAAGACGAGGUAUCUUCAUGGCUUACGACCAGAUUCAGCCUCAAAGACCAGUUGCUUUCUGAUUUCUACGCACAGGGACGUUUCCCUCGUGAAGGUACGGAAGCAGGCCUCUCCACAGUGAAAUGUGUAUUGAACUUCAUUUUUGUUAUGUUUUUGACUGUGACAUGCAUGUAUCUCCUCUUCUUCUCGUCGAUAUGGUUUAAGAUAUAUGUUUAUUUAGUCUGUGCAUACAUGGCUUCGGCUACGUAUUUUGAUAUCCGGCCCUCGCCCAUUUUUGUUUAGCAGCUGCAUUACAUAUUGAGGUAGAACUUGCCAGUUAUUAAGCAGGAUUUUUGUUUCUGCUUUCUGCAGACUGUUGUACUUGUUUCUUUGUAUAAUCUUUCACUUACGGCGUUAUAUUUGUGCAAACGGCGUUAUAUUUGCAUAUAUCAAAAAUCUUGCAGCUUAAACUGUCA